AUGUUUCAUCAAGUGGAUCCUUCAUCAUCAUCUCCUCCCGAUAAUAGUGAAGGUAAUGACAAACAACAGGAACAUCAGCAAAUGAAUCAAUUGACGUUUAGUGGAGAUUGCCAUCCCAUUGCAUGUAUUCGGUGUAGAAAAUUGCAUAAAAAGUGUGAUAAGAAAUUAAGUGGAUGCUCAAAGUGUUUAGCAGUCGGAUCGGAAUGUGUUUACAAUACACCACAAAAGAGAGGAAAGGGUUCUGAAUUAUAUUCAUUAAAAUCAAAGGAUAAACCCAAAUCGUCAUCAUCAUCCGAUGAUACUAUUAAGAAAAAGACUUCCGAUGAUCAGAGUAGUACCGAUAUCACAAUGACCAAUAAUGCAAAUGGUAGUGCUGGAAUAUUUACAACUAAACCCUCUCCAAUUACACCUAUGAGGGUGAUUGAGUUGUACUUUACUUUCAUUUGUGGUAUUCAUCCUCUGAUUGAGAGGGCUAAACUUGUACAUUUUGUGAAUAAUUACUUGCAUUGUUUUGAGAGAGGGGAAGAUGUUGAAUUGCUUCAUAAUGAUGGAUGGAUAAAAUCAAAGGGGGAAUUGAGAUGUAUUUAUGCUUUCUAUUUGGGUAUUUUGACAUUGAGUUCACAACUGUUGGGUGAAUUGGACUAUGUGGAUUAUAUUUUGAGAAGGGCAGAAUGUGAAAUUGCAGCACUUUCUGUGGAUCAUAUCACACAGUUUUAUUGGGGUGCCUCUUGUCACUUGAUGUUUAUGACUUGUGUCGCAGAAGGAAAUCAAAUCAAAGCAAGCUAUUAUCAUACCCUUAUUAAUUUUUAUUUGGAUAACGAAAAAACCUUGAGAAAUAGAUUUUAUGCUAGUUUAGUCCAUCACAAGACUCUAGUUUCGGCCAGAUUUAUGAAAGAAUUGAAUAAUAUGGAAAAUCUGUUGGAUAACAUGUACCAACUGUUUUUCUACUCUGUAAAUAGAAAACUCGAUGAAUUCUUACUGCCAGGUACUUGGGACUACAUGAGAAAUACCAAAAUUACUCCUCAAAACUAUGUACUCUUCAAACAAGUUUCUCACUUUAUAUUCAAGGCCCUCAUGAAACACAAAUCAGAAGCUAUGAAAGCUCUAACUGACUGCCACAGCGAUGGAUACUUUAAACAUCAGAGAUUGUUUACAACAAUUUUAUCAGAAGGGUAUGCAUUUUUAUUCUUGAAACAGAUUCAAGAAGUGAGCUAUUCAAUGAUGGAAGAAAGUGCACUCAGAAUAACCUUAUUGACUGAAAAUGAAUUGUUUCCAUAUUGCUUAUUUGCAGUUCUUUCACCUGUUGUGGAAGCUUGUGCAUUUCACUUGAAUGUUUGUAAAAUGGUAGAAAAAGGAUUGAAACCUAGAAAGGCCAGCAUUCUUACUUCCUCAGGACAAACCAUCACAUUUGACAGUUUCUCAAUUCUGGAGAAGGACUUUAGAGCAAUCAGCUUGAUGAGUAAACGAUAUAGACGAGUUCAAAAUAUGCACAAGGAUCUCAUUGAUGAAAUGACACAAGUUCUCAAUAGAAAUAUUUCUCCACUCAGUUUACUGAAAGAUAAUUUAUCAAUCAUCAGUUCCUCUGGUACACCAAACGAUGACAUUCCACUGCAAAAUGAUGAAGUACUAAUGAGUAUUCUGAAACAACUCACUCAAGAGGAAGAAAUGACUCCUAGCUCCUCACUAAAUGAAGUAACUGAAGAGGCACUAACUCCUUGGGAUGAAAUCUUUGCAGAGGUAAUUUCAGAUGUAAGAUAG